AUGGGAUGGGCAACAGGCAGCCGUGGGGGAGACGAUGCCCCCCAGCCUCGUGUCGGGGUUUUGACACCUCUGCCCCUCCGGCUUUGCGUUGGACCCCGCGAUUCCCGUGGCUCUGCCCUGCGGCACAGCGAUGCGAUCCCACGCAUCCCUGGGCUGGCGACGGGAGCGAGCGGAAAAACCAGGAGGGAAAGCCGGCGGGCAGGAGUGGGAGGGGGGAGCCCGCAGGGCGGUCCCCGGGGCGGGGCGGGCCGGCAGGGGGCGGGCAGGGGGCGGACGAGGCGGCGGGCGCUGCGGAGCCCGGGCGGGGAGCGCACCUUCCCGGCGCCGCCCCGCGAUGGAGCAGGGCCCGGCGGGAGCCACCGCCGCCCCCGCCGCCGGCCCCGCCGCGCCGCGCCUGCCGCCGAGCCCGAGCGAGCAGCAGCUCCUGUCGCGGGGCUGCCCCAGCCCCCCGCGGGCAGCGGCGUGCGGGAGAGGCUGCGGGCGUCCCGGCUGCCCCCCGACACCCUGCUCCAGAUUACAGAAGUUUGUGGAGCCAAGUGUGUGGGUUAUUUUGGUCCUGCUCGAUUUUAUAUUGCUUUGAAGUUAAUUGCGGCAGCACAGUCAGGGUUCCCAGUAAAGAUUGAGAGCAUUAAGAAUGUAUUGCCUUUGCUGCAGUUUAUGGCUCUGAAAAAUGACAGUGAAGUACAUUACGGGACUCCAGCAGAACUCCAUGGAGUUAAAUUUCAGGUUCCACAUGCAACUUUGGAAAAAAAUUCCUACAAAAGAACAGAUGAAGGGGACAAACAGGAACCCAAGUCUCCACCAAUGUCUCCAAUCUGCUCACCUCCUGCUUCUCCAUCUACUUACCAGAGGAUACCUUUAAGUUAUGGAUAUGGUAAAUCAAGAAGUGGUCUGGAGCAGCAGCAUGGAGCUCCUUAUGAAGUCAGACACUCUACUCACCAGCAAGAUGGACCAUCAUCAGGGAACUAUGGAGCAAAACCUUCACUAGCCUGUUCAACUCUUAAUCGGUCUCUUUCAGCAGAGCGGGAGCAGCAGGACAGCAGCGCCCACUACUCCGAUGACCCUUGGAGGAUAACGGAAGAGCAGCGAGAUUACUACAUCAACCAGUUCAGGUCCCUGCAGCCUGACCUGAACGCCUUUAUUUCAGGUUCUGUGGCAAAGAAUUUCUUCACAAAAUCAAAGCUGCCCAUCCCAGAGCUUUCUCACAUCUGGGAGCUGAGUGAUGUGGAUUGUGAUGGGGCGCUGACACUUCCAGAGUUUUGUGCGGCUUUCCACCUCGUGGUUGCAAGGAAGAAUGGGUACCAGCUGCCGGAGACGCUGCCGGAGACAUUGCUGCCCGAGUACCUUCAAGCAGCUUCUUUGAAGCCCUUGCGUGACUGUGCACUAUUUGAUUCUUACUCUGAGUCAUUGCCAGGCAGUCAGCAGACUCGGGACUUCAGUCGGACAGAGAAGACAUCAGCUGAAGAGAUACGUGAUAACUCUGCCUUGUUACAAGAUGGAAAGAAAGAUGACAAACAAGCUCUUAAAGGAAACACUGCUCUCAAAAUGAUACCAAAGGAAUUUCAGCACUUGACUGUGAAAACAGCUGCUCAGGAAUCUAAUGCACUUAAAGCCAGACCACGAUCCAGGUCUUAUUCUAGCACAUCAAUAGAAGAUGCCAUGAAAAAGGGAGAAGAGCCCCCUACUCCACCUCCAAGGCCACAGAAAUCACAUUCCAGAGCUUCCUCUUUGGAUCUAAACAAAAUAUUUCAACAAAACACACAAGCUGUGAGGUCUGGCUGGCUGCCCCCUCCCCCACCUGCACUGCCCCCUCGACCUUCUGUAUCUCAGGCAGAGCAAGUAUCUGAGGUUGAAUUACAACCUCAGAUGAAUAGAACUCCAUCGCAGGCAGAAGAAAACAGUUCAGCAAAAAAGGAGGUUGUUCUUGUUCAGCCACCCUCCAAACCUGCCCGCAGGAAGCUCCGGACAGAGGCACAGGGGCUGGAGACCCCCGAGCUUUCUCCUACUAUAAAUGUGACUUCUUCCCUGCCAGCAGUCAAGCAUCACCACCCAGUCCAAAAACAGUCUUCCAAACAGAAAAGGGCUAUUCAGACUGCUAUACGAAAAAACAAAGAAGCCAAUGCUGUGCUCGCCAGGUUGAACAGUGAGCUCCAGCAGCAGCUGAAGGAGGUCCACAAGGAACGAAUUGCCUUGGAAACACAGCUGGAGCAGUUACGUCCUGUCACUGUCUUGUGACCUCCUGCGCCGCCAUGCAGUGGCAAAGAGUGGAGCAUGCAUACCGACAGCCUUGCAAGGAGAAGAGUGUCGUGCAGCGGAGCAAUGUCCACCGAGGUGGUGUGGCUGUGGGGAGCACUAGUUUGUCAGGUCUCUGUUCACCCUGCUGCACGCAUUUGCGUUUGCAGGUGAAGAAGGUACAGAAAACCUGACUGCCAGAUAUUUCUGAGCGGGAGGGAUGUUUUGCCUUCCUUCCUCCCUCUUCUAGCCUAGUGUAUAAAUGCAAUUUAUCACUGAAAUGAAUAACCUGAGAGUAGUUUAUGUAAAGAAUUCCUGAUUUAUAUGCAUUCUGGCAGCACCUCCUGCCCUGAUCAUUAAGAGGUCUGGCAUUCCUGAAUUUUUGCUUAAAAUUAAAACUCAUCCUCUGAGAUGGGCUUCUGGAUGUUGCUGAUUCCUGUAGGAUUGUAUUAUGGUAGAGUACCUGUGGUUUUAAUGUACUACAAGAAUAAAACUAGACAUACUUUAUCCACAAUCAUAUGUCAGAUAAUUAUUUUCUUAGCAUUGUAUAUUAAGCGAUCACAGAUGUAUUUUAAUGUUAGAGAACUUGUAUUUUAUAAG